UCCAGCCGCCCGGCCCCGGCGCUGCCUCCGCUCCGCUGCCCGGCUCCGCUGCUGCUGCCGCUGACUCAGGUGGGUCCCUGCAGGGGGGAGGAGGGGGGGGGAGAGACACUACCUGCAGGUCCCGGGGAGAGGGUGGCUUGAAGUAACACCGUCUGCCCUUCAUCAUGGCCAGUUUAUUCCGUGGUGCGAUGUGCUUCUCUGCCCCGUUACUGCAGAGUGGAUCGGCAGUAACAGUAAAGCGAGCUCCUUGCAAACGUUACUUUAAGACCUACCGAGUGUUGUGGAACCAGCAGGCAGUUAAAGGUGUCCGUUACAAAGAUCUGGUGGUCGGCAUUCCCAAGGAAAUUUUCAAGAAUGAGAGAAGGGUGGCGGUGUCUCCAGCGGGCGUCCAGGCCCUGGUCAAGCAAGGCUUCACUGUCAAAGUGGAAACAACAGCUGGUGAUGGCGCCAAGUUCUCAGAUGACCAAUACAGAGAGGCUGGGGCCAUUAUCAACAAUACAAAAGAUGUCUUUGGAUCUGAUAUUGUCCUAAAGGUCAGGGCUCCAACUUUCAAUGAGGAGUUGGGAGCGCAUGAAACCGAGAUGCUGAAGGAGAAGUCUACUCUUGUCAGCUUCAUCUACCCAGCUCAAAAUGCCGAUCUCAUGAGUAAGCUCGCUCAACGCAAGACAUCUGUCCUCGCGAUGGACCAGGUCCCUCGAGUUACCAUAGCCCAGGGUUACGAUGCUCUCAGCUCCAUGGCUAACAUCGCAGGGUACAAGUCCGUUGUAUUGGCAGCAAACCACUUUGGUCGAUUUUUCACGGGUCAGAUAACAGCAGCUGGAAAAGUACCUCCGGCAAAGGUCUUGGUCAUCGGAGGGGGUGUUGCCGGAUUAGCAGCUGCCGGAGCGGCAAAAUCACUUGGUGCCAUCGUCCGGGGUUUUGACACGAGAGAUGCAGCCCUGGAGCAGUUUAAAUCUUUUGGAGCAGAACCUCUCAGUGUGGAUGUGAAGGAAUCUGGAGAUGGGGCUGGUGGAUAUGCUAAAGUGAUGUCAAAAGAAUUUAUUGAAGCUGAAAUGGCACUGUUUGCCAAACAGUGCAAAGACGUGGAUAUCAUCAUCACAACUGCACUUAUUCCAGGGAAGCAGGCACCAGUUCUUAUCACCAAGGACAUGGUGGAAACAAUGAAGGAUGGUUCUGUCAUCGUUGAUCUGGCAUCCGAGGCUGGUGGAAACGUGGCUACAACAAAACCUGAAGAAGUCUAUGUUCAUAAGGGAGUGACCCACGUGGGUUAUACUGACCUGCCAAGCCGAAUGGCCACACAGGCCAGCAGCCUAUACUCAAACAACGUGCUGAAGCUGUUGAAGGCGAUCAGUGCUGACAAGGAAUACUUUUACUAUGAGCCCAAGGAGGAAUUUAACUACGGCACAAUGGACCACGUUAUCAGAGGCACUGUAGUAAUGCAGGAAGGCAAAAACCUGUUUCCAGCACCCCAGCCGUUAAAUGUCCCAGUGAGUGCGCCUGUCAAACCAAAAUCUGCGGCCGAAGGCGACAAGAAGCCCGUAGUUUCUCCUUUCACAACGACAAUGACCUCUGCCAGUGUCUACACAGCAGGUGUGCUUGGAACGCUGGGACUGGGAAUAGGUGCUCCAAACGCGGCUUUCACCCAGAUGGUCACCACCUUUGGACUGGCGGGCAUCGUGGGCUAUCACACUGUGUGGGGCGUCUCGCCAUCUCUCCACUCGCCACUCAUGUCGGUCACCAAUGCCAUCUCCGGACUUACAGCAGUGGGUGGCCUGGUCCUAAUGGGAGGAGGUUACUUGCCAUCAGGCGCACCUCAAACUCUUGCCCUGUUGGCUGCGUUUAUAUCAUCGAUUAACAUAGCAGGUGGCUUCCUCAUUACGCAACGGAUGUUGGAUAUGUUUAAACGACCCACAGACCCGCCGGAGUACAACUACCUGUACAUGCUGCCUGGUGCAAUGUUUAUUGGUGGCUACGGAGCUACUUUGGCCAGCGGAUACAACAUAGAGCAGAUGAUGUACCUCGGUUCAGGUCUCUGCUGCGUUGGUGCAUUGGCCGGCCUUUCAACACAGAAAACGGCCAGAUUGGGAAACGCGUUGGGCAUGAUUGGCGUAGCUGGUGGGCUGGCUGCCACCUUGGGUGCAGUCAAACCCUCCCCCGAGCUCCUUGGCCAGAUGUCUGCUGCCAUGGCAAUGGGUGGAACCCUAGGUCUCACCAUUGCCAAACGCAUCGAAAUAUCCGACCUUCCUCAGCUGGUUGCUGCGUUUCACAGUCUGGUCGGCCUGGCGGCAGUCUUCACCUGUGUGGCCGAAUACAUGAUCGAGUUCCCACACCUCGACACCCAUCCCGCGGCCAAUCUGAUCAAGACAGUGGCUUAUCUGGGCACCUACAUCGGCGGUGUGACAUUUAGUGGUUCUCUGGUGGCAUAUGGAAAGUUGCAAGGUUUACUCAGCUCUUCUCCACUGAUGUUACCUGGUCGUCAUUACCUCAAUGCGGGACUGCUGGCUGCCUCGGUGGGCGGCCUCAUACCAUUUAUGCUGGAUCCCAGUUACGCUAUGGGCAUGACCUGUCUGCUAAGUGUCUCUGCUCUGUCAACAGUCAUGGGUGUGACUCUAACAUCAGCCAUCGGUGGAGCAGACAUGCCUGUAGUGAUCACUGUAUUGAACAGUUAUUCAGGCUGGGCCUUGUGUGCUGAAGGUUUUCUCUUGGACAAUAAUUUAAUGACAAUUGUUGGUGCUCUAAUUGGAUCUUCUGGUGCUAUACUGUCCUACAUCAUGUGUGUGGCCAUGAAUCGUUCAUUACCCAAUGUUAUCCUGGGUGGAUACGGAACAACAGGCACUGGCUCAGGAAAACCAAUGGAAAUUGUGGGAACUCACACUGAAGUCAAUGUGGAUCAGGUCAUUGAAAUGAUUAGAGACGCCAAUUCAAUCAUCAUUACUCCAGGUUGGGGCUUGUGUGCGGCAAAGGCUCAAUAUCCAAUUGCUGACAUGGUGAAGAUGCUUACUGAGCAAGGGAAAAAAGUCAGGUUUGGAAUACACCCAGUUGCUGGUCGAAUGCCCGGUCAGCUCAAUGUCCUUCUGGCAGAGGCCGGCGUGCCGUACGACGUUGUUAUGGAAAUGGAUGAGAUCAACCAUGAUUUCCCAGAAACUGAUUUGGUUCUGGUUAUUGGUGCCAAUGACACUGUGAAUUCAGCGUCACAGGAAGACCCUAAUUCUAUCAUUGCUGGUAUGCCAGUUUUGGAAGUUUGGAAAUCUAAACAGGUUAUUGUGAUGAAGCGAACUCUGGGAGUUGGCUAUGCGGCAGUGGACAAUCCCAUCUUCUACAAACCCAACACUUCAAUGCUGCUCGGUGAUGCGAAGAAGACAUGCGACGCUCUGCAGGGCAAGAUUCGGGAAAUGGAAAAUUAAAUAUCGAGACAAAAAAAAUGUUUAAACUGAAAAAAAUCAACUUGCUUCCAGAAUUUCACGGUUUGAAGACUACAGAGACUAACGGAAUGCAUAAUCCAGGAGAAAUAUGAAAAUAAAUAUUUUACUGUAUUAUUUGCA